UUUACUGGAGAGACUAGCAGAAAGGAGAGACGGAAAGAGGGGGAACCUGAGGGAGAGCUAAACGGAACGGGAAUCCAAGUUUUACACACUUGACCCGUCUUUUUAGGCUCAUUUUGUUCGUUUACCUAUUUUUUUGACCAGAGAAGACGGAAUACUGACUUUCUGUAUGCGUGUGGUUGUUAUCUUUUAUGUUUUGACACUACUGCCGACAUUGGGAACCUCGUUGUUUUGGAUUAGCUAGCUAACGUUAGCUGUUUUUUCCCCCAUCGGCUAACGUUAAUCUGAGAAAAAGAAACGGGCGGCGUGGUGGAGAGUUUCCUCACUUCAAAGCAAAACGUGCGGGGUUUCAACGGAGCCGCUUGUUGUUGUUUUUUUGUCGUUUUCCUCUCACCUUGGAUGGGUCAAGAAGCGGAGUUCACCUGCCAAGUUUUCCCCCUUCUUUUGUUUUCUUUCUCCCGUUUUUCGUCGUUUUACGAGCGUUCAUUCGUUUGCGGCGUGGUGGUCAACGGGGGUGAAGGAGUUCAGAGGAAGGUCGUAGUAGAGGGAAAGCUUGUGUGUCGCCGCACGUUUUUCCUGCACGUAGCUGCUUCGGAGGAGUUUCCUGGGAUGUGCCCCCCAUCUAUCUUAAAAAGGGCGAGCUUCUGAGGAGAUACCACCAAAACUCGGGGGAUUUAUGAAGACCUGUGGACUUCAAAGGGGAAAGCGCAAACCCUGCCAACCCCCUUAUUGGCUCUACACUACGCGAUAUCCAUUAUAACUUCAGCGUCUGUCUGCGGGAGGAAAUUGUUUUUAACGCAGUUCACAAGAAAAAUACUUAUUAGCAAUUGUUUUAAAGCGAUUAUCCCCUCGUUGAAUCGGCGCAUUACAUAGAAAUGAGCCCGGGGCCAAUGGACCUCCACACUAGCCCCAUGCGUGUGGGACAUGUAUAAUUACACUGUUAUUUCCCUCUUGAUUCAGCGGAGCACCAAAAUUAAACAGAUGAACGUGGACUGUCGCCUUCACUUAUGGAAAAUGAAGAUCUUCACUCGCACAUGUGUUGCCAGAACCCAAGAUCACGUUAUUUAGUGGUCUGCAUUUUUUCCAGGGCUCACAUAGGCUACAUCACAAACUUGGCUGGGAGGAUACUCAUACAUUUUUUUACCAACUCCUCCCGAAUCACGGGAGGCAAUUUUUUAAACAUUUUCUUUUAACACCUUUUGAUAUCCAAACGCCUUUCCGAAAUAAACAGUUUGAAUUGAACUGGGAACCUUCAAGAGGAGAGCACAACUUACCCUCAACUCAAAAUGAGACGGUGGACGAUAAAGCUGCGAGCACAAAUUGUAUUUUUUAUCAUCUGCACCUGCAUUGUGUGCCAGUGUGGACUUAUAAACGGAGAAAUCUGCCAGAGCAAAGACAUACGAAACAAUGUGACCAACCUCCAGUCGCUGGAGAACUGCACCAUUAUCGAGGGACACCUCAAGAUCCUGCUCAUGUUUAAGACCAAGACCGAUGACUUCCGUGGUCUCAGUUACCCGAAACUCCGAAUGGUGACGGACUACGUGCUGCUGUUCAGGGUCUACGGCCUAGAUAACCUCAGUGAUCUCUUCCCCAACCUGUCAGUAAUCCGGGGAAACAACCUCUUCUUUAACUAUGCUCUGGUGAUUUACGAGAUGCUGCAGCUUAAGGAGCUGGGCCUACACAGUCUUGUGAAUAUCACCCGGGGUGCUGUUAGGAUCGAGAAAAACCCAGACCUUUGCUAUCUUGCCACUCUGGACUGGUCCAAAAUCCUGGACUCAGUAGGAGACAACUAUAUCGUGGCCAAUAAGAAUGAGCGAGAGUGUGGAGAUGUGUGUCCCGGUACAGCCCAAGGUCAGACCACCUGCUCGCAGAACACCAUCAAUGGACACUUCAGGGGGCGCUGCUGGUCACAGAACCACUGCCAGAGAAGUAAGUGUGGCUUUAUCAGUGUUACUGAGUAUUUUAAAGUGGGUACAUAUUCUGCUUUUUUUCUUGAAACAGGGUCUUGAGGCAGAUGAUGUCAAAAAAUUUGAACACAGACUUUUUAAACAUUUUAUAUUCAUGUGAUUUAAACAUAUGAAUUCACACCUAAAAACAUGUUAAUGUGCUUAAAAAUCAAGUCUGUUCCUCUUAUGUCAAAAGCAAAUUUUGCACACUCAUAAAGUGCCAGUUUGGGGGGCGGCUGUGCCUAAGUGUGGAGUCUGUUGUCUCACAGCCAGGAGUUCGGGAUUCGAUCCCCAGCUCCGGCAGUCACUUGUUGAAGUGUCCUUGGGCAAGACUCUGA